GCCAACCAUGAACAAUGUUAAUCUGUUUCACAGUUUUUUUUCUUGUUGAAAAGGGAAUAGAAGAAUCUUUAACAGCAACUCCACAACACUGAGAGUCAGCCAGAGAUGUGGGAUGUCCCAAACGCUGUGCUGUGGAUCAACAUCUGUGUCUGCCUUCCUCUGACCAUAAUUUUCAUUGUUUGUGUGUGUUAUGUGGGGCGAAGGGAUCCUCUCACUGUCACGUAUUACAUAAAUCUGCUCAUCUCCAAUCUGGUCCAACUCUGCAUACUGUUUGUUUGGGUGGCACGACUGGAUGGCACCACCUGUGCUGCAUUAGCCCUCUUUAGUGUGACGGCGAAUAUUGACUUCAGCAUUUGCAUUGCUUUGGAAAGGUAUUUUUUCAUCACCUGUCCUUUCCUCGACUUCAUCAGACAAACUAAGGGUUCUGUGUUGGUUUGCCUUCUAGUGUGGAGUGUUUGUAUUAUAACGGCCAGUCUUGCCAUAGCCUUACAAGUGCUUUUACGUUUUGUAAUUCAUGCCCUUCUCCCUGCACCCCUGUUCAUCUUCUUUAUAGCUGGGACCACCAAAGCCCUGCCUGCUGCAACCUCAGUGUGCACUGAGGAAAAACGAAGAGUUGUAGCAACUCUGAUUGUGUUGCUGUUUAAGUACUCACUGUUAAACUUACCUGCAGUCACUCUAUUAGCUGUCAGUGUUCCCCCAAACUGCCAUGUCAGUGACACCGCAGACAUCAUUUUGUUUGUGCUCAUUCCUUUUGUGGACUUGUUUCUUUUUUUUCUUAUGAGGAAAGGGCCCAUUGACAGGCUGCUGGCAUAUCUGUGCUGCUGCAGUACGGACAACUCUGCAGCAGAUGUCAGUAACAAAUCAUCAGUGUGAAUGAGGGCAGCACAAAGAUGUACAUUCAUGUAUACGGACAAAGGAAAAGAGAAAAUUGGGAGCAAAAGUUGAAGAUGCUGAGAAAUUAGAAAGUUAAGAAAACCACAUUCUUUAAAAAAAUAUUGUGGUAAUGUAAAGAUCUGACAGUAGAUUCAGCUCCAGGUCUUUGGAGAGCAGCUCUCAGCUGAAGCCUCUGACUGUAGAACACCUAGAAUCCACUUUACAGUCAACCUGGAAGUAACAGGAAGCAUUGCUUUGUUGAAUAACUGCAUACUGCCAUAAUCUCUUCAGAAGGUUUCUUACAUUAAGAUCAGGAAAACAUAGAAAGCAUCUUGAUGUCUUUCCUCUUAGUUCACAUUUUCAUUUAUAUAUUUUUUUUUAAUUUUUAUUGAUUAUAAUAUUGAUGCCUCAUAUCCAUCUUAUUUUUAAUGUGCAAAUAAUAAAUUCAGCUAGAUUCAGUGUUCAGUUAUUUUGUAUGUUUGUUUAUUUACUUCCUGUAUGUGUCCUUCAAGCAUUUAUGUUCUAGACCAAUUUGGUUCCCAAAUAAUGGACAGGUUUUUGACAGGGCUCCCACACAAAUGCAAAGCAGAGGUUGAAGCAUUGCCAAAAAAUGCUUCUAAACCAACUUCUUUCCAAGCCAAAGACCAGAACAUAUGAUGAAGAAUAUCUUGCCUUUGGCUUCACCUGCACGACAGCUGUUGUUCCAAUGUAGGUAUCCCCGACAGAAUUCUUUUCCCCUGCGUCAGGAGCACACGCUGGGCUCUCCAAAUCACAGACAAACAGUAUCCCACUUUUUAUAACGACUAACUACUCCUGAAACUUUAGAGGCUUUAGCUCUUUAUACAGUAAAGUUACAGGAAGAUAAAGAU